AUGGUUAACCAACAACUCUGUCUCUCCCCUGUCUUUGUAUUAUUUCAAACGUUCGAGUUGAUUUCUCAAAUGGACAAUUACGGAGCUGAUAAUAACAGUCACGAGAUUAAUAGACUUGUAGGUCAUGAAUUAACUCAAGGAAGGGAUCUAGUUCAACAGCUUCAACUUCAUCUUAAUGCUCCUAACUAUAAUUCAUCGUCUUCGUCCGAAAACACUAGGGAAUUUUUGCUUCAUAAUAUCCAGUCCAAAUUUGAUAGGGCGCUGUCCUUGCUACAAUGUAACACUAUUAACGGAGACAACUCUAAUUCAUUACUACCACCUUCUAAUUCCCCUGCUAUUCCGAUUAUUGGAAUGUCUGAUUCUCCGCGAUCAAGUGAAGAUUCUGAUCGUGAUCUUGAGCCUAAAGAGCAUCAUGCAACACGCAAGAGAAAAAGCAGUACACCGCGUUGGAUUAAGCAAGUUCAUAUUCAACCAGGGGCGCCAAUUGAAGGGACUCUUGAUGAUGGUUAUAGUUGGAGAAAAUAUGGACAGAAAGAUAUUCUUGGUGCUAAACAUCCGAGAGGUUAUUACAGAUGUACACUUCGACAUGUCCAAGGUUGUUUGGCUAUGAAACAAGUUCAAAGAUCCGAUGAAGAUCCCAACAUUUUCGAAGUCACGUAUCGAGGAAGGCACACUUGUAAUCAAGGUGGUGGUGCUAGUGUCAGUAAUGUGAAUCCAGCACCACCACCUUUACCUUUGCCUUUAGUAAUACAUCAAAUUCAAGAACCAAACAUAGGAAAUCACGAACAAUAUCAACAACUUAAUCAAAAUUCAAAUGAAAUUCUCUUGAAUUUUCAAAAAAGCCUUAGUAUCUCCAAAGACGACUUCAACUUCAAAAAUACUCAUCAUGAUCAACCUAACAAUGUGCCAUAUAUACCCUCGUUUAAUAAUUACCCUUCAUCGUCGUCCAACGAUCAUCAAGAUUACAACUUUUUGAAUAAUUCUUCCACAAUUCCAAACAACAACUUUGUGGAGAGUUUUCCCCCUUCCUUUAAUAACAUGUCUACAGGAACUUCUCAGCAAAAUGAGGCAGAUUACCAAUUUAACUCAAUGGGAUUUGAAUCAAACUUCCCAUAUGAUUAUCAGAGAUUCUCUUAAUUCCUAAUUAAUCUUCUAAGAAAGUAACUUAAUUAACUCAAGGUCAUGAUGAAUCAAGGACAAUUUUGCAACCAAUUUGUUACUAGCUAAGCAAGGCAUUAGCACUUUUAAUUAUUAGAUGUUUCAGUUUAACCAUUUGCUAAUAAUUAUGAUGAUAAUAUUUAUUUUUGUUUUCAUGUGGUCAUCUUUAA